AUGGAAGAAGAAAAGAAGAUCACCACACAGCUGGAGAAAUGGAUGGAGGAGAAUUUCAGUGUGGAGGAGGAGAAGCUGAGUGGCAUCAAGCAUAGACGAGGAGAGGUGUGGGCUGCUCAGGAGAGCAGUGCCAGUGAUUCCUCACUGCAGGGCGAUGAGAUGGUGCUUCCUCAGUUCGUGGUGUGCUUUGUUUAUUAUGGGAUGGAGGGUCUGGGAUUUCAGAUCUUCAAGGUGAACCCUCGCUUUAUCCUUUUUAUCCACCUGGUGUUCAACGACAUGAUCCAGCUCACAACCAGCAUCUCCAUCUCUGUCCUCUAUUAUGUCUUUGAUACGAUCCAUGUCUACAUCUGUUGUCUCCUCAUCCUGCCGACCAUCCUCACCACACAGAACACCCCUCUGAAUCUGGCUUUCAUGGCAGCAGAGUGUUACAUUGCUGUCUGCAUUCCCCUCCGCUACAACAACAUAUGUACAGUCAAUGGAACAUAUAUUGUUAUUGGCAUAAUCUGGGCAAUAAGUUCACUUUCUGUACUGCCAGAUGUCUUCAUUCUUUUGGCCACUGAACCUCUGGAGUUCUUUCAUACCAGAGUUUAUUGCUUGAGGGAUACAGUGUUUAGGAGUGCCUACAGUGUAAAGAAGAGGUAUGCAACACACAUAUUGUUUCUGGUCGUGGUUUGGCUCACUCUGUUCUACACUUACUUCAGAAUUUUGUUUGUGGCCAAAGCUGCUGAUGCAGACGCUAAAAAGGCAAGAAACACGAUCCUGCUUCAUGGUUUUCAGCUGCUGAUGUGUAUGAUGACCUAUGUGCAACCUUUGUUAAUUCAAGUUCUCACAUACGUGUUUCCAGGACAGUUCAAAACUAUAUAUUUUGCUUUAUAUGUUAUAAACCACAUCUUCCCUCGCUUUGUUAGUCCUAUUGUCUACGGGCUACGAGAUAAGACUUUCAGGAAGUACUUCAAAAAGUAUCUGUGUACACUUUACGGCAGCUUCAUGAUGUUUAAGAUGAGUACGUGUUAG